AUGGAUUUCGACGAUCUGACCGUGGACAACACCUACCAAUUAGGAGGAUCCGAUGAUGAGAGGGAGCGAGCCAAGAAUGCCGCUCUGAUAGAAGAGCUGGAUAGGAAGAAGAAGUUUAGGAAGAUGGCUGUUCCUACGGAUGAUAAGAAGGUCAGAGAGAGGCUGAGAGCUUAUGGUGAACCGAUAACGCUCUUUGGUGAAGGGCCCGGUGAUCGACGAGAUCGUCUGAAAUACGUCCAGGAGCAGAUAGAACAAGCUAGAGGAACGGAUAGGAUGGACGUAGAUGAAGGUUCAGAUGAGAGCAGUGAUGAGGAGGAAGAAGAGGGGGAGUUCUACACGGAAGGCUCAGAUGAUUUGCUAGAAGCGAGGAGGAAAUUGGCCAGGUAUUCAUUAUCAAGGGCUAGGACACGUAUAGCGAGGCAGAGGGUGGAAGUGGGAUUACCGUUAGGUAAAAUAGUAUCGUUGCGUAAAGAAGUUUUUUCAGAGUUGAAGACAUUCAACAACCUCGGUUCGCAAUUUGGCGACGAUCGACCCCUCUCCACCAUCCGAUUCUCUCCCAACUCGCAAUACAUCCUCACAACAUCUUGGACUGGUGACAGCAAGAUAUGGGAUCUACCGAAUCUGAAUUUAGUAAAGACGAAAAAGGGACAUACGGAUAAGAUAGGUGGAGCAGCCUGGCAUCCUCAGGCUACUUUACCUGGAGGUAUAGGUGAAGAUGGAUUGAAUUUCGCCACGGGAGGUGGGGAGGGGGAUGUGAAACUUUGGUCUUUGAGUGGUGACAAGCCAAUAGCAACCCUCUCAGGACAUGAAAACAGAGUAGGCAGAGUCGCGUUUCAUCCAUCAGGCUCAUACCUCGGUUCAGCAGGUUUCGACGGUACAUGGAGAUUAUGGGAUGUGGAGAAGCACAAGGAACUGUUGAUACAGGAAGGACAUAGCAAAGAGGUUUAUGCGUUGGCUUUCCAGGAUGACGGUGCAUUGGUUUCAUCAGGUGGAUUCGAUGCGAUAGGUAGAGUAUGGGAUACAAGGACAGGUAGAACAGCAAUGGUGUUAGACGGUCAUGUAAAAGAGAUUUUGGCUAUGGAUUUCGCACCUAAUGGAUAUCAAGUAGCCACUGGAUCAGGUGACGAUACCGUCCGUAUAUGGGAUCUCCGAGCGUUAAAAACACAAUACAUCAUACCUGCUCAUAAAUCUUCAGUAUCAGAUGUGAGGUUCUUCCGAUCUCAGGGGGAGAUAGAUUCAAUAGCUAUCAAUGGGGAAUUACCUCUAUCAGGAGAUGUCAAAGGUGGUAUAACGGAUAACACCAUGGUAAUAGAUCAAGAUCAGAGUAAUGACAUCGAGGUAAAAGAGGAAGAUGUUAAACCGAAUGGAUUAACAGGAAAUCAAAGGAGAGAAGAAGGAUUAAACAAAUCUGGUUUAUUCUUGAUCACUUCAGGGUUCGAUUGUAAUGUCCGAAUAUGGUCGGCGGACGAAUGGAACAUGAUUAAGAAUUUACCUACAGAUGCUGGGAAAGUAAUGUCAGUGGAUAUAUCUUCAAAUGGGAAAUUUAUAGCUAGCGCGAGUUAUAGUAGGAGUUUCCACCUGUUUGGAGGAGAUAAUAGUUUAUAG